ACAUUGAUGACGUGAUCUUUGUGCGCGGAAGCGAAAGAAUAAUCCACACAUUUUACAAACUAGGACAUAUUGUUUACAUAUUUGGGCAUAUCAGGUUUUUUUUGCACAGAUCGUGGGAUCUGUAUACAUGCUAUGCUGUACGAAGUUCCGAAAAUAACACUUAAUGAAAAGCUGUGAAACUGCGAAGAUAUAUCGUCAGUCCUGUGUGUGAACACAUUCAUUAUAGUGAACCAGGCGCUAGUUGUAGCCUGGUCACUGUCAGCGUGUAAAACAUAUCGAAUACCAGUUUAUUUGGAUUUGUGGAAAACAGUUGUCCAGAUGGGCUUGCUGUCAGGUGGCAUGAACUCCCUUUAAACGCUGGGUUCCACAUUGGAUUUUUACAGAUUGUAAAGGAAGUCCAACCUGCGUACUCUUUUAAAAUCAUCAGGCCUUAAACAUCGUUAGGCCUGCCAUUUCUGGCCCACACAUGAGCAGGGGCUAUCUUUUUGAUUGUGCUAAGUGCCAUGCCUGACCGGGAUAGUGCAUACCUGGUAGGUGGUGGCGGGAGCGGCAGUGGGGGUGGUGCUGGCACGGGAGUAGGGGAGGAAGUGGGCAGUGGAUCUGCUUUGACUGGGGGUUCAGACGGUCGAGGGGGAGUUGGGGGAAGCUCAGCUGGUGGGAACAGUGGUUCUGGGACAAUGGGAUGCUGCGGUGCCCUGGGAAAUGGCCACACCUGCAGUGGAGCCAGUGGCAGCUUCAAUGCUGGCUCGCAAUCAGAUGGAGUUUGCCGUGACUUCUUAAGAAAUGUGUGUAAGCGUGGCAAGCGAUGUCGUUUCCGCCACCCGGACUUCAAUGAAGUGCCUGACCUUGGUGCGCAGAAAAAUGAGUUUGUCUUCUGUCAUGACCACCAGAAUAAAGAGUGCGUGCGCACCAACUGCCGCUUUGUACAUGGUUCUAAGGAAGAUGAAGACUAUUACAAAAAAACUGGCGAGCUGCCACUGUGGCUUCGGUGGAAAGUGGCAGCAGGCUUGGGCUUGUCACUUACGGACCUGCCACAGAAUCGUGGUGAGGCACCCAUAUGCAGAGACUUUUUGAAAGGAGAAUGUCAGCGGGGAAACAAGUGCAAGUUUCGUCAUGUACGGAAGGACCAUGAGCAUGAAGCUUCCCGCUUCAGUGCAGCAGGGAUGAUUGGUGUUUCAAGUGGAGUGGGUGGAAUUGUGAAUGCAAACAGUGGAGGUGUGGCUUGUGGUGGGGUAUCAGGAUUGACUGGAGCAAAUGGAGGGAGUCUGAUGGGAAUGGGAAGCCCCAACAUUGGAGGGUGCAGAGAUCAGGGGUUGUGUGGUGGUGGAGGAGGAGGUUCCAUGGGAAGUUGUCUGUCCCUGGGGGCUGCUGGACAACGGCGCUAUGACAGGGGCCCGUAUUCUGUAUAUGACUCACUGUUUGAGAAUGGACUGUUUGACCCUGGUCCACUGGAGAGCCCUGUUGAACACGCAGCUCUUCAGCUGAAGAGAAGGCGAUUGGAAGGGUUGCGACUGGCCGAUGGGACCGGAGCAGGACACUAUGACUUUGGGAUGCAGGCUGCUCUUUCCACCCGGCCUCUGGAGUAUCGCCUGUUGGAAGAGGAAAAUGCUUUGCUGAGGAAGCGAGUAGAAGAGCUCAAGAAACAGGUCUCCAACUUGAUGGCUACCAAUGAAGUUUUGCUGGAGCAAAAUGCUCAGUUCCGCAGCCAGGCAAAGGUCAUGACACUGUCCUCAACACCCACACCAUCAGAACAAAAUCUAGCCCCACCAGUUGGUUCAGUCAGUUCCUACAACCACGGCAUUGCACAGACUCGCACGACUUUGAGCAGCGCUGGACUGCAGCCACGUGCUGUCACCCAGCAGGACCUGGUGGCACCUGCUGGUGCCCCUACCGGCGCUCCCCCAGCAAACGCUGCACCCCCACCUGCUGCACCCCCUCCUCCACCACAUCUGAACCCUGAGAUCGCUCCACUCUCGGCUGCCCUCGCCCAGACCAUUGCACAAGGAAUGGCACCACCUGUUUCCAUGGCAUCUGUGGCAGCCUCUGUGGCCCCUGUUGCUGUCUCAAUGGCACAGCCAUUGCCCGGCAUCACCAUGAGUCAUGCCACCACACCGAUGGUGUCAUACCCUAUCGCCAGUCAGAGUAUGAGGAUCACCACCAUGCCGCAUUAAUGCAAACCCAAAUAGAAGCAAUAAUUCCUUUUAUUUGCAAACACAUUUCUCACACCCAAAGCUAUGGUGCAGUUUUACAAAAGAAGUACUUUUUACAGUAUUUACAUAAACAGUUACUUUGUGGACAUUGCAGAAAUGCCGAACACCAGCAAUUUGUGGAAACUCAAAGCUAUUUUUUUUUUUUAUUAAAUAGACUUCAUUAGUAAACUUGACCGGUUUCUUUUGUUCCGUAUGGUUGUUUUGACAGAGAGACCAUAAGCUAUUUCAGGGUUUGUGCGAAAGGCACAUAUUUUUACAUUUUGAAUGGACAACAUAGACUUUUGUCAGUUAAGCAUUGGCUUUUUAAAAAUAAUUUUCAGUUGACUCUUUGCUUUGGCCAUCUGUUGAUUUUCUCUGUGAGGUGUCAAGCUUGAUCUUUUUGCACAAACGGAAUAAAGGAUCAACCUCUAAAAA